CUUGCGCAGUCGGUCUCCUGCAGGUAGGUACAGAAGUUGCCAUGUUGGACUACCUUAACAACAGACGUGGCCUAGCUCAAUCCUUGUCCUACCUAGGGGUCACAGUCGGUCAAACGGCUGCCUUGUUGUGUUUUUUCUUCACCGACAUGAUUGAAGAUGCCCAAUACGAUAGUAACGGAAAGACCAGGUGGCAGAAUAACUUGAGAGUUGUCGAGGUGACCGCAGUCAUUGCUUUGAUGUCUGGUAUUGUUCUACGGAAACCGUCACACACGCUCGGAAAGUGGCCUGAAGUCUUUUCCCUCAAACCUUUUUAUGCGUUGAACAUCAUAUACUUUUUCUCACAGAUUGGCAUUUCUCUGCCCACCCGAUCCUUGCGCCAUUUUUUAUUUACAUCAUUGCCCAGUUUGCUGGCGUCAUCGUGUUCAUCGUCGGUGCUUCGUGUUGUACAAACUGCUGUCAACAGCCAACCCGCCGGAUGACAUGGGCUUCAGCGACUCUUGGUACGCGUGUGGCGCCCUGCUGGGCGUGUUUGGGCUGGGCGCGGUCCUCACGACAUGCUUGUUCUCAGGCUGGGUGGACUACAAGGCUCAGGGCGACGAGCAGGCCAAACAGAACAUCAGGGCGAUAGAGAAUGAGGCUUUUAUACCCGACACGGAUUUCGAAGAGUGAAAAAACUCGAUAUUUAGGGACCUCGCCGAGUAAAGAAACACAUUGUUUACCUGUCCCCGCGGUUUUAUGUAAAAUAAAUUCUGAAAGUAUGCACAUUUAGCCCAAAAAUGUGAAAUUAUGCGAUUCUGUUAAUUUUAACAAAGAUUGAUAAAAAGGAAAAUAAUCAGAAAUUAUGCUCAAAAAAUGAUCAAAUUUUGCUAAAUUAUGCGGGGUGCAUAAAACCACGGAGACAGGUUUACGGACCUUGCCGAAUGAAGAAACACGUUGGUAACUGUGUAGAUUUAAGGAUAUCAUUAGGAUUUUGUGAAAACACACGAACACAUUAUAGAGCAUUUGCAUGAAAAAAAAGACAGUUAAAGACACACAUUUUAUGGGCUUAAACGUGAAACAAAUUAUUAUAAUAAUAAUUGUUCUUUUGGUAAAAAUAUCAUAAAUAACGGAAAAAGGCCAGCCGCAACGACAUAGGGAAGAUGGCACAAACAGGUCAAGGGCGCCAUCUAAAAAUAGAAAACCGAGGAAAACCCAAAGAUAUUACUAACCUCUUUGGGAACUCCUUAUUUCGUCCCCUGCGCAGACCCUAUUGCAGUUAAUAGUGAGAGUUAUCAUAUGAUCUCAGGUGACCUUCCUUACCCCAAGCCAGGGACCAGAUUCCCCCUGGCGCGACUUGAAUUUAUACAUAUUUUUUAGGACAGAUGACGAAGUUUCGAAGAUUUAAAAAGCUUUGUGGGACUUAAAUGUGUAUUGAAUGGACAUGAGUAAAAGUGGACAAGUACCACGACGUAAAAAACGUAAUUAUUUUGGGAAAA